UCGUGAUCCACAGUAGCACCAUCAUCAUCAUCUCCCCACGAUUAAUUCCUUCCCAUAAUGCCUCGCUCUAGUCGUUGUCGCUGUCUGUGGUGCUGAAGCUGCUGUGGCCGGAGGCACGAGUCGUCCUCCUCCUCCUCCUUCAGCAUCUCCUCCACGUUACCAGAGACACCCGUCAUCUAUUUGUUUACGUGCUUUGUCUCUUUUACACGUUUUACAGCCGGGAAUCUUUAGUGUUGUUUUUCCGGUCGCGCCUGUGUUUUUCGCCGCUCGUUUGGCUCGCAUCCUUUAUGCACAGCACGCUGCUCCAGCCCUUAAAGCGAACACAGGCACCCGUGUCGGACCAGCAUGGCUUCCUGAGCGAGAUGGAAGCGAAGCAGCACUCGAUCAAGAGCCUGAAGAGCUACCCGGAGGCUGGGGGCCGCAGUCUGGCGGCGGCGGCGGGUGGGGACGGCGGCGGAGGGUAUCGCGUCGGCGGCGCGGAGAUGGAGAUGGAGGCGAACAUACAGAAAGCGAUCGACUUCAAAGUGGAGGGUCACCGAUGCUACAAGGAGAAGAAAUUCCGGGAAGCUAUUGGGAAAUAUCACAGGGCACUGCUGCAACUGAAAGGGGUCCAUCUCGUCGACGGGACCACCGGAUCCGAGGUGAACCUCCUCAACCAAGCCGCUGCCAAGCUGACAGAAGAGCAGAGGAGAACGGUGGAGAGCACCGAGAUCGAGUGCUACGACAGCCUCACAGCCUGCUUGCUGCAGUCGGAGCUGGUGAAUUAUGAGCGGGUUAAGGAAUACUGUUUGAAGGUCCUCGGACACCAGCAGGAUCACUUUAAGGCCAUGUACCGUGCUGGGAUUGCCUUCUACCACCUUGGAGACUACGAGUGUGCCCUGCGUUACCUACGCGAUGCCAAGUGCCGUGAACCCACAGACACAAACGUGCUGCGAUACAUCCAGCUGACGGAGAUGAAGAUGAGUAAGAGCAGUCAUCAGGUGCGUGAGAGCGGGAAAGAGUCCUUGGGUUAAAGACGCCCACUGCUCCGCCCCUCAUGCCUCGCCAUAACCCUGAUAGAAAACCUCUCCUCUCGAGUCUCUCCCCCUUUUCCCACAAUGCCCCCCAUCCCGUGGACGACCAGGACACAUGUGCCGCGCCCCCUUCUGAAAGCGGACUGAAAUGGGCACAGCACCCAGCGUCUGUCUUUUCUCGCUCUGUCCCUUUAAAUCCAACGAGAAU